CCGAUACGUGGCAUAGGCACGAACAACUUCCACGUUCGCCGCCAUUUUGACAUACAGUGAAUAGUAGAGACUUCAGUGGAUUGAAGCGUUUUUACUUCAUUUAACAUACAUUUCCUCGAAAAAAAAAAUAAAGCUCACAAAGCCGCAAAAUGGGGAAUAUGUUUGCAAAUUUAUUUAAAGGCCUAUUUGGCAAAAAAGAAAUGAGAAUAUUGAUGGUUGGUCUUGAUGCAGCUGGUAAAACCACAAUCUUAUACAAACUUAAAUUAGGAGAAAUUGUUACAACAAUUCCCACAAUUGGAUUUAAUGUGGAAACUGUAGAAUACAAAAAUAUCAGUUUCACUGUGUGGGACGUCGGUGGCCAGGACAAAAUCAGACCUCUAUGGAGGCAUUAUUUCCAGAACACACAGGGUCUCAUCUUUGUAGUAGACAGUAAUGACCGAGAGCGUAUCGGCGAAGCGCGUGAGGAACUCAUGAGAAUGUUAAGUGAAGAUGAGUUAAGAGAUGCAGUACUGUUGAUUUUUGCAAACAAACAGGAUCUGCCAAAUGCCAUGAACGCGGCCGAGAUUACAGACAAGCUGGGUCUGCAUUCACUGCGCAACCGCAACUGGUACAUCCAGGCGACGUGCGCCACCUCCGGAGACGGACUUUACGAGGGGCUCGACUGGCUCUCCAACCAGCUCAAGAAUGCCAACCGCUAACCACCUGUGCGCUAUCAACUCACAGACUAAUCUGAUUACUGAAAGAGACUAUGGUUUAAGAUAUGUUAACUUUAUUUGCUAUAAAUGAAUACAAUGUAUUAUGUGCGGUAUCAUAAAUGUAUUACUGUGUCACCCGGUGACCGAGCUCGCAUCGCAUUCUCGCCGAACCACUCGCUUACACCGAAGCCCAAGUACGUCGCUCUCGACUAUAUGCUAAAAUAAACGCGAUGCAUAAUCUUCAUUUCUAAAAUAUUAUAUCGAUAUUAAUUUGUACAAAAUUAAGGGGUCAUGCUGUACUUAGUGCAAUGAGGUAUUAGUCAUUGGGAUUGCGUUGUUUGUUCGAUCUCUGAUGACGUUGAACAAAUAUAGUGUGUAAAGUUAAUGCAAAAUUACAAUUUUUGUUUAUAUAUGUAUCUGUAAACAAAAAUAAAACUGUACAUUCGAUUAAUCGCGCAUUGUGAUGUGGAUAGGUACAUAUGUGUAGCUGACUCGUGAUAAAGUGAAUCACAGCAUAACAUGUUUUAUAUGUAUACUAUAAUGUGGUAUAAGUUGUCGUAAUAAAGUAUUUAAAGUUAAUUCACUUUUAUGACUUUAAUUCACUAGUUUAGUAGCUAUUGCCUGUAAUGGGCUCACGCGGGGGGGAUAAGGGUCACGGUUCACCGGAAGCAGUAAGCUAGAGCCAAUAACGCGUGGUAUCGAAGGUGCAGAUAAUUUUCUUAUUACAUAUGGAACUACAGAAGUUUGACCAAGUAUCCAAAUUAUGUGAAGAAGAUUUGAGAUCUUCGCCGCAUAGCAUGUCACAACCUAUUCACAUCGCUUUGUGACUUACUAGGGACUUACUUCACCUUCGAUUUUGUGCAUAUUCCAAUUAUUAUUUGAACGACUUAUUGUAUGAUGAUAGUUUAUUUUUAUGGAAGUUAACUAGGUAGAGUAAGCUGUUAUGUAUUUAACAUUUCAAUCGCAUUCAAAACAGUUCCGACCGAUGGCUCUCAUUUAUCGGAUGGCUCGUUAUGACCACCUGCAUUUAUAGUUGACUUCUCAUGACGAACCGAGAUUUAAUUUAGGCGUAAUAUGUAUUAGAUGGACAAUGUGUCAUUUUGGGAAGUGUUUUUGCGUACAGGAAACCGUGCUCGAAACACUUCAGUGGUACUUUGCUCUUACACAAUUAAUUAUAACUUAGCAUUUUUUAUAAUAAUUUAGAAGAAAUUAUUAAAACACAAUUUAAGGAUAUGAUUAUGUGGCGUGUGGUGGAGAUUUUUUUUAAUUUUUAUGAAAAUCAAGAAGAUUAAAUGAAAUGCGAAAUGUGACAUUCCGGUUUGUCUUAAUGCUGUAUUAUGGAAUAAAAUAUCCUCACCAA